GCGGUCUGAGCAGAUUUGUAAAGAAAAAAAACACAACCACACACGCACGGGCUCACCUCCUCUCCCUCUCGCCCAUGAAGUCGCCGCCGCCGCCGCCGCCCACGCCGGCCGCUUUCGGCGAGCUCCAGCGCCGCACAGCACGCCCCCGAGCUCCCCCAAGCUCCGCGCCUCCCUCCCCUCCGUCCAGAUUCUCCGCUCCCGGCCUCUACUGCCCGCUCGCAACCACACCCCCGUGGCUAGGGUUUCGGGCAGUGCUUCGCCGGCCCGUCUCCGGCGGCCCCAGAUGCAGAUGGAGCACGCCAUGGGAUUUCCCCAUCCACCACGCUCGCUGCCGUCAAGGGCAGGAAGGAACCCUAGCCAGCAGCACCUCCUCACCUCGGAUGAUGCCUCUGCUGCACCAAGAUAGGUUAUUUGGUUCAUCGUCGCGCCUCAAGUUUCCAACAGCGCCGUGGCUGUACACCGUCGACUUCGCCGGAAAUCCUUCUGCACAUACUCUACUGUCCGCCGAAACUUUGUCUGACCUGAGUUAUUUGGCUCAUCUUCACGCCUCAAGUUUCCGAUAGCGCUGUGGCUGUACACCGCCGACUUCGCCGGAAAUCUGUCUGCACAUACUCUACUAUCUGCCGAAACUUCGUCUGACCUGAGAAAUAGAUGGCGACGGCUCAGCGGCGUCGUGGUGAAUGGCGAAGCUUCUCAAAUGGACGGAAGAGAGGUGGUGACGCGCGGCUGGGAGACGUGCAUAUUUAACGAAAUACGAUUCAUAAGGUUUCAUAUUAACAAAAAAUGAUGGUCUUUGUAGAGUAAUAUGAACAUUUUGUUGAUUCCAGGACAACUUUAUUCUCCAAUACGAAUCUGUAAGAAAAGAUAUGACAUACAUUUGUGCAAAUUCAUAAUGUAAGCUCAUCUCGAAACUUUAUUCUUUUUUCAAGUUUGAUUUACUUGGUCGUGCUAACUUCCAUUCUGUCAAAACAUGCUUUUCUGUUGAAAAAACAGGAUAUGUAGGAAAUGAAAUGGUGUCUCAUAAUUCAUUGGAUGUAGACCAGUAGGGUCAAUUACAAAUUGUUGGCUGUAAAUGACUUUCAGUUUCUAGCUUUCAUAAAAUUUAGACAUGUACUCUUUAACAGUAUGUUGUGGUUGAUGGUGGUCCUAUGUGCUGGUUCAAAUGAUCAUGUUGGAUAAUAUUGCUUUUACUAGCAGUUGCAGUGCUCUUAUUAUUUUA